AACAUCUUCUUGGGUGAAGACAUUCGCAAGCAGUUGCCUAGUGAGUCAGCUUCCUUUGACCAAAUCAACAGCAGCUGGAAAACCAUCAUGGACCGCUUCGUCAAGGACAACAAUGCUUUACGGGCCACCCAUUUCCCAGGACUACUGGACAGGCUGGUGGAAAUGAAUGCUUCCCUAGACGAAAUCCAGAAGUCUCUUGACAUGUAUCUGGAGACCAAGCGCCACAUCUUCCCUCGCUUCUACUUCCUGUCCAACGAUGACCUUUUGGAAGUCCUGGGUCAGUCACGCAACCCAGAAGCUGUCCAGCCCCACCUGAAAAAGUGCUUUGAUAACAUCAAAUGCCUCAAGAUGCAGAAGAUUGGCCUGACAAACCGAUUUGAAGCCUUGGGCAUGUUCUCCUUGGAUGGUGAAUAUGUAGAUUUCACACACUCUGUGCUACUAGAGGGACCCGUGGAG